AUGCGGGACCCGCGGGGCGCCAAGCCGCCCCUGGACCCGGUACGCCUUGUGCUGCCCGUGCCUGUGCUGCCCGUGCCUGUGCUGCCCGUGCCCGUGCUGCCCGUGCCUGUUGCUGCCCGUGCCUGUGCUGCCUGUGCCUGUUGCUGCCCGUGCCUGUUGCUGCCCGUGCCUGUGCUGCCCGUGCCUGUGCUGCCCGUGCCUGUGCUGCCCGUGCCUGUGCUGCCCGUGCCUGUGCUGCCCGUGCCUGUUGCUGCCCGUGCCUGUGCUGCCCGUGCCUGUUGCUGCCCGUGCCUGUGCUGCCCGUGCCUGUGCUGCCCGUGCCUGUGCUGCCCGUGCCUGUGCUGCCCGUGCCUGUGCUGCCCGUGCCUGUGCUGCCCGUGCCUGUGCUGCCCGUGCCUGUUGCUGCCCGUGCCUGUGCUGCCCGUGCCUGUGCUGCCCGUGCCCGUGCUGCCCGUGCCCGUGCUGCCCGUGCCUGUUGCUGCCCGUGCCUGUGCUGCCUGUGCCUGUUGCUGCCCGUGCCUGUUGCUGCCCGUGCCUGUGCUGCCCGUGCCUGUGCUGCCCGUGCCUGUGCUGCCCGUGCCUGUGCUGCCCGUGCCUGUGCUGCCCGUGCCUGUUGCUGCCCGUGCCUGUGCUGCCCGUGCCUGUUGCUGCCCGUGCCUGUGCUGCCCGUGCCUGUGCUGCCCGUGCCUGUGCUGCCCGUGCCUGUGCUGCCCGUGCCUGUGCUGCCCGUGCCUGUGCUGCCCGUGCCUGUUGCUGCCCGUGCCUGUGCUGCCCGUGCCUGUGCUGCCCGUGCCUGUGCUGCCCGUGCCUGUGCUGCCUGUGCCUGUUGCUGCCCGUGCCUGUGCUGCCCGUGCCUGUGCUGCCCGUGCCUGUGCUGCCCGUGCCUGUUGCUGCCCGUGCCUGUGCUGCCCGUGCCUGUGCUGCCCGUGCCUGUGCUGCCUGUGCCUGUUGCUGCCCGUGCCUGUGCUGCCCGUGCCUGUGCUGCCCGUGCCUGUGCUGCCCGUGCCUGUGCUGCCUGUGCCUGUUGCUGCCCGUGCCUGUGCUGCCCGUGCCUGUGCUGCCCGUGCCUGUUGCUGCCCGUGCCUGUGCUGCCCGUGCCUGUUGCUGCCCGUGCCUGUGCUGCCCGUGCCUGUGCUGCCCGUGCCUGUGCUGCCCGUGCCUGUGCUGCCCGUGCCUGUGCUGCCCGUGCCUGUGCUGCCCGUGCCUGUUGCUGCCCGUGCCUGUGCUGCCCGUGCCUGUGCUGCCCGUGCCUGUGCUGCCCGUGCCUGUGCUGCCUGUGCCUGUUGCUGCCCGUGCCUGUGCUGCCCGUGCCUGUGCUGCCCGUGCCUGUGCUGCCCGUGCCUGUUGCUGCCCGUGCCUGUGCUGCCCGUGCCUGUGCUGCCCGUGCCUCUGUCGCUGAGGGGGGUGGUUGUGUGGGAGACUGGGGUUUAG